AUGGUCCGGAGUCAGUGGGCCCAUGUCAAAGUUCUCCAGCAGCAGAUGUUCGGCAUGCUUGGCAUGGGCGUCAUGAUGGCGGCCACCUAUGUCUACAAGACAUCCUUUCUCCAGAUGAGCUGGAGGAAGACGAUCUUCAUCGCGAUCGUUUCAGUGAAUGUGCUCGAUGCAGUCCCACAGUUUCUGGCUGCGUUCGAUGUGGUGCGGAAUCAAUACUUCUACCUUGGCGAAGACGUUGUCAGCUCCAUUCCGAACGCCAUGUUGCAGCUGGUCUCCAACCUGAUGAUUAUCGAGCUUACCGAGCAUGGCCGCGAAGGUCUUUGCUACGGCCUGAUUGGCACGCUGCAGCAAUCCGCUUUGCCCUUCGCCACUGUCAUCAGCAACCAGGUCUAUGGGCUUUUCGACCCGAAGCUCUCGAGCCUGGAGAACUACAUCUUGGACACCCCCCAGUUCCGAUCGACGGUGGCUUGGUCCUAUGUGCUUACCUACAGCACUUCGUUCCUUGCCCUGGCUCUGCUGCCGAUGAUUCCAUGGCAGAAGGCGGAGGCCCACAGGCGGAAGCGGGAGUGGAGCUCCAACUCUGCCCUGGGG